UAGAUCCUCCCAAGUGAAAAGAAAAACAAACAACUUGUGUGUAGAGACUUGAGAGGUGAGGAUCGAAAUUCAGAAAGCAAAACCUAAAGAAGAAGAAGAAGAAGAAGAAGGGGAUUGAAAUUUGAAGAAUUGAUCGAUCAAUUGAGUUUGAAGAAAAGAGUUAAGAAUGGAUGUGAUAAAGACGCAGCAAAUAUCGUGGAGGGCGAUAGAGAAAGUUGUGGUGCACCCACUUGUGCUCCUCAGCAUAGUCGACAACUACAACAGAGUCGCCAAGGACACGCGCAAGCGCGUCGUCGGCGUCCUCCUCGGCUCUUCCUUCAAAGGCACCGUCGACGUCACCAACAGCUAUGCCGUUCCCUUUGAAGAAGAUGACAAGGAUCCUUCCAUAUGGUUUCUCGACCAUAACUAUCACGAGUCCAUGUUCUCCAUGUUUAAGAGAAUUAACGCAAAGGAGCAUGUUGUUGGGUGGUACAGCUCCGGCCCCAAGCUCCGAGAGAAUGAUCUUGACAUUCAUGCUUUGUUCAAUGACUAUGUUCCCAAUCCUGUUUUGGUUAUAAUUGAUGUUGAGCCUAAGGAACUGGGAAUUCCUACCAAAGCUUACUAUGCAGUUGAAGAGGUUAAAGAGAAUGCCACUCAGAAAAGCCAAAAGGUCUUUGUGCAUGUGCCAUCAGAAAUCGCUGCUCAUGAAGUUGAGGAAAUAGGAGUAGAACACUUGCUUAGAGAUGUGAAGGAUACAACAACUAGCACCCUUGCUACAGAGGUAAGUGGAAAACUUACAGCCUUGAAAGGUUUGGAUGCAAGACUUAAAGAGAUAAGAAGUUAUCUUGACCUUGUCAUCGAUGGAAAGCUUCCUUUAAACCAUGAGAUUUUGUACCAUCUGCAGGAUGUGUUCAACCUGCUACCAAACCUUAAUGUCAACGAUCUGAUAAAGGCUUUUGCAGUGAAAACAAAUGAUAUGAUGCUGGUAAUAUACCUGUCGUCCCUUAUCAGAAGUGUAAUUGCGCUCCACAACUUGAUUAACAAUAAGAUGCUCAACAAAGAACAUGAACGCGCAGAAGACUCGAAGUCAGUACCAGUAUCAAGUACAGCUGGAAGUUAAAGUUGCUAUUAUUGACUACAUAGACCAAGAUCUUUUGCACUUCAACCGUCACUUUGAUUGGCCUUCGGCCUUCUUGAGGAUUCUGAUUCGGGAAAUACAUGUAACAUGGCACAAAAGAUCUUUUAACCUGGGAGUGGGAAUAUUAUUGGUUAUGCUCAUGCUUUAUGUUAUUUGUACUCUUGAGAACAUUUUUGUUUUUCAAUCUUGGAAGAGUUACAACGAUUUGUCCUUAAGCAGAUUGAUCACGAGUCAGAAAUUGAUCUUCUAUUCCCCGCAA